AUGUUGCACAAUAUAAACGUGAAGCCUAUCGUCUACCCUGCAGUUGAGGAAGGCAAAUGUCGUCUGCGCUUUUUUAUAUCGGCGCUGCACACGCCAAAGCAGCUGGAGGACGCCGUCAUUGCUCUGAAAACGUAUCUUUGCGACAAGAUUGAUGAUGUCGCUGUGGCGUCUCCAGGACAUUCCAAUGUCAACGGAACCGCGACGAAUGGCGUUGCUAAGGUGACAAUAGACAGCUUCAAGACGGAGAAAAAAACGAAAAGUCAAAAAGAACAAGAACACCAAGGCUAG